AUGUCAGGUUCAUCAUCAAAGAGUGAAACAACCGUCGGUACGACAUCAUUGAAAGCUCCAACAAGAGACGGGACGGUAACCCUACAGUAUCCAUUGCUCACGAAGAGCAAUUACUCGGCGUGGGCACUCAAGAUGAAGGUGUACAUGCGUGCACAAGGCGUGUGGGAUGCCAUUGAGCCUAUUGAUCCGAAUGAGGAGAUAGAGACGCGGAAGGAUCAGAUGGCCCUUGCUGCCAUCUAUCAGGGUAUUAGCGAGGAGACGCUCCUUGUGUUGGCUGAGAAAGAGACGGCCAAGGAGGCAUGGGAGAUGUUGAAGACAAUGCACAUGGGCGCCGAGCGCGUCAAGGAGGCAAAGAUCCAGACUCUGAGAAGUGAGUUUGAAGGUCUACGCAUGCGUGAAGCGGAGACGGUUGAUGACUUUGCCACAAAGUUGACCACAAUAGUCAAUAAAAUUCGUGCAUUGGGCGACAAGGUGGAGGAGGCCUACGUCGUCAAGAAGCUCCUUCGUGUUGUCCCUUCCAAGUUUAUUCAGAUUGCAUCGACGAUUGAGCAGUUUGGCAAUCUCCAAACGAUGACCGUGGAGGAGGUCAUCGGGUCACUUAAAGCUCAUGAAGAGCGAUUGCGGGGUUACGAGGAUGAGAAAGAAGAACACAUCCUAUUGACAAAGGCCGAAUGGAAGGCAAGAGAAGAAUGUGAAGGUAUAUCGAACUCAUCAAGAGGACGAGGAGGAAGCAACUGGCGUGGCCGUGACUAUGGUCGUGGUCGUGGACGUGGACGUAAUGAUGGAGGCCGCGGGAGUGACAAUAAUCAUCAAGAGAAGAAGUUCGACAAGCAAAGGUGA